GGGGUCCAGGAGCUUCAGGAGAGGAGGAUGGUGAUGGUGAGGUCAGCCUGGAUGCUCCUAACGCUCCUCAGCUCAGUAGUGCUGUGGCCUGCUAGAGCAAAGGAGAGAUGUGUGUGUAACAGCAAAUCCAGAUGUCACUGUGAAGGAAUAAAAGGUCAAAAGGGUGAAAAAGGAUAUCCUGGUGACCCUGGGCCUCCUGGAUUAAAGGGCUAUGCUGGAGCUGAGGGUCAUCAAGGUCCUCCAGGUGAAAAGGGAAAUGCUGGUCCUGUGGGUGCCCCAGGAUCAAAAGGAGGCAGGGGCCCUGUUGGAAAUCUAGGUUUCCUUGGAGCUCCAGGUUUGCCGGGCAUUCCAGGAAAUCAAGGUCCUGUUGGUCCACCUGGUAGCCCGGGGUGCAACGGCACAAAGGGAGACGUAGGUGAACCCGGCUUUCCCGGCCCUCCUGGCUAUGGACCGAAAGGAGCUCCUGGCUUACCUGGGCCAAAGGGUGACUCUGGUCCAUCAGUUCCGGGUCUAAAAGGACCCCCUGGACCUCCUGGACGUGAUGGUGCUCAAGGACUACAAGGUGCACCUGGCCAUGAUGGAUUGGCAGGGUCUGAAGGUUUCAGAGGAACUGAUGGGCCUAGAGGACCUCCUGGACCUCCAGGACUAAAGGGUACAGAGGGACGGCGAUCUGGUGUUCCAGGACCUCCUGGUCAGAAGGGAGAUCAAGGACCUCCCGGGAUACCUGGCCCAAAAGGAACAAAACUUUAUGCAACUGGCACUAAAAAUUUAAAGGGUGAUGCUGGAGAUCCAGGCGAUAGAGGCUGUCCUGGUAGACCUGGAACUCCUGGCUCUUCCUGGCAGAAAAGGGAGAAGGGGGAAAGGGGUGACAGUGGUCCUGAGGUUAAUACUGACUUAAAAUGUUUUCAUAUUUCUUUUCAAACACUCCUACAAAGCUGUAUGUGCAGAUUACAAACAAACUGCCACAGAUCAUCCAAUAUAAUUGCAAUGCUUAUUAAAUUCAAUUUGGGUGUGGGGGAGUGUCAGCACCUUUGGGAGAGAAGGGUGACAGGGGUCCAAUGGGUCCUCCUGGAGAGGUUAGCGGGUAUUUCCCACACAAAGGAUAUCAGGGGCUACCUGGUCCUACAGGGCUGCCUGGAGUGCCUGGGAGCCCUUGGUGUCCCAGGGUUUCCUGGACCUCCAGGCGUACCAGGUAAUCAUUCUGUCCCUGGACCUCCAGGCCCAAGCGGGCCACCAGGACUAACAGGGCCCAAAGGAGAGAGGGGUGACCCAGGCCCACAUCAGUUUGGACCUCCUGGUGUAGAUGGACCUCCAGGACCCCCAGGGCCCCCUGGAGAGCCAGGACCCAUAGGCACAUUGUCGCCUUCAGAUUAUGUCAAACAGGGGCCUCCAGGUCUGAAAGGAAUCAAGGGUAUUAUGGGUCUUCCUGGAGAUAAAGGCAAUUAUGGAGUGAAGGGCCAAAAGGGGGAGCCCUGUUAUGACUGUCCUUCUUGCCAAGGACUACCAGGACCACCAGGACCACCAGGCCCACUUGGUAUUCCUGGUGCAAAUGCUCCACCUGGACCAAAGGGAGAUAUGGGCUUUAAAGGACUCCCGGGUUCACCAGGCUUUCAGGGCACUCCAGGCCUACCUGGAUCUCAGGGUGAACCAGGAGCUAAAGGCAGUGAUGGAAGGUUCUGUGAUGAGGGAGAAAAGGGGAAUAAAGGAUCUCCAGGGCUGCCAGGUCCAUCUGGACUCCCUGGUCACCAUGGCCCACCUGGACCCCCUGGGCUUAAGGGACCACCCGGGCCUAAGGGCGAUUCAGAUUCGACAGUUGGUAUCAGGGGAGAUCCAGGGCCUCCUGGGUCCCCAGGGCUUCAAGGACACCCAGGGCCGAUUGGGCCACCAGGACCUCCAGAAUAUGGACUGCCUGGGUCUCCUGGACCGAAAGGCAGCCGCGGAGUGCAUGGCCUCAGUGGUCCACCUGGAUCUCCAGGUCAGAAAGGGGAGCCUAGUAGCUGGAGUGGGAGUCCAGGCCCUAAAGGGCAGAAGGGCCUUCCAGGGCCACCUGGACGACAAGGCAGUCAAGGGUGGCCCGGCAGUAAAGGAAGUCCAGGUCUACGAGGUCCAAAGGGAGAUAGUGGCAUUUGUUGUUCUGGAAAUUUUGGACCACCAGGAAUCAAAGGUAACAAGGGUCAGCCUGGACCUCCAGGUGUUCCUGGAAUAGGCUUAAAUGGGCAACCUGGAUCAAUUGGACCUCCAGGAGUACCAGGGUCAAAGGGUGAAGCUGGAUAUGGACCACCAGGACCAAAAGGUCCUGCAGGGCUUCCAGGAGAGCAAGGUGUUGUAGGUCCUCAAGGAGACACAGGUCUCGCUGGUUUGCCUGGACUGCCUGGGCCACCUGGAGCACCAGGGGGACUUGGCCCAAAAGGAAAUAAAGGUGCAAUGGGUGAUCAUGGUCUACCAGGCCCACCAGGUGACUGCAGGGCAACGACAGGUCCAGCAGGUCUACCAGGACCCCCAGGUGAACCAGGACCCCAAGGACCAAGUGGACUGAAAGGCAUUCAGGGGAGUCCUGGUGUCCCAGGUUUCGCUCUGCCUGGUCCUGCUGGAUAUCCUGGACCACCUGGAGCUUCAGUGCAGGGACCACCUGGGAUUCCUGGAGGACAGGGUUUCAAAGGGUCACCUGGACGUCCUGGAACGCCAGGACCCCCUGGAGAUCCAGGAUUACCAGGGACAUCAUCUAGUGGCCCACGUGGUGCCAGUGGACCACCUGGACCCCCUGGACCUAAAGGAUUUCAGGGUGUGGCUGGAGUGAAAGGUCCAAGAGGUCCCCAUGGUGUUCCUGGAGAUGCUGGAGAAAGUGGGCUGCCAGGUCCUUCAGGAAAUGAACCUGGACCUCCAGGAGAUCCUGGACCACCAGGCCCAGAUGGUUUACAUGGUGAAAGAGGAGAUCCAGGACCUAUAGGAUCUAGAGGAGCUGAUGGAACAGAUGGGAUACCUGGGCAGCCUGGACGACAAGGCCCUGUUGGUGAUAGAGGUGAGGACAGCUAUGUUCCUGGUGCACCAGGCUCAGCUGGACCUAGAGGAGAUCCUGGACACAUAGGCUUCCCAGGUUCUCAGGGGAGUAAGGGAGAGCCAGGUUUUCCUGGAAUCCCAGGGCCUUCAGGAGAACCUGGUGCACCAGGAGUGAAGGGAGUUAAAGGAGAUCGAGGUCCAGGUGCUCUGGGUCCCCCUGGCCAAAGAGGGCAAACGGGAGAACCCGGAAUUAAAGGUAGUAUGGCACAUAAAGGAGAGAAGGGAAAUCCUGGACCUCCUGGUCAACCAGGUAACUAUGGCCCAAGAGGACCUACAGGAGACAUCGGAGCCCCUGGAUUUCAAGGACCCCCAGGCCCACCUGGUCCACCAGGCUCUUUUGGUCCCCCUGGGCCUCCUGGACUUACAGGGUUACAAGGACCACAGGGGCCUCCUGGUCCUCCUGGUUUUCAAGGACCUGUAGGUGAGAAAGGCAACCAAGGGAGGGAUGGCAUUCCUGGACCACCGGGAGCAAAGGGAGACACAGUGAUUAUAGGGGGUUUUCCAGGCAGAAAAGGAGACAAGGGACACCCAGGUCCUAAAGGAGAUCAGGGACUUCCUGGACUUCCUGGUACUCCAGGUUAUGGAACUGCGGGAAGUAAAGGAUACUCUGGGCUUCCAGGACCUCCUGGUAUACGUGGUUACCCUGGUGCUGCAGGAGAAUGUUUCAGUGGGAGGAAAGGAGAACCUGGACUUCUAGGCAGACCUGGAGAUCCAGGGCCACAGGGCUCCAGGGGCCCUCUAGGGCCACCUCUGCCAGGAUACAAAGGAGACAAAGGGGACAGGGGGCUGCCAGGUCCUCCAGGUCGUAUUGGAGGUAGGGGAGACCACGGAACCUUGGGGGAUCAGGGACCUGUUGGUGGACGGGGCAGUCCUGGGGUGCGAGGGAACCCUGGGCCACCUGGACUUCCUGGGUUACAAGGUGAGACUGGAGACCCGAACUAUAACCCUGGCCACAAGGGUUUACCUGGACCUAAAGGACCCCCUGGACCACCAGGUGCAGAGGGACCUAGCCUUCCACAGCCCUACGUGAGCGUGCCCGGGGACCGGGGGCCAGAUGGAAGCCCUGGAAUCCGAGGCUUACCUGGAUAUAUUGGACCACCUGGACCAUCAGGGCCUGCAGGUGUUCAAGGUCCCAAAGGCUUUCCAGGGAGGUCUGUUCCUGGUUUUCCAGGUUUUCCUGGACGGAAAGGAGAUAAAGGAGUACCUGGGAAUUCUGGGCCGGUUGGUGGUGUCGGGCAGCAAGGGCCUAAGGGCAUUCAUGGACCUCCAGGAGAAGUAGUUGAAGGAUCUCUUGACAGCUUCCUGCUGACCAGACACAGCCAGAGCAUCCUGGUGCCCACCUGCCCAAGGGGCACCACGCUUAUCUACUCAGGAUACUCCCUGCUCUUCAUCAGUGGGAAUGAGCAAGCUAAUGGACAGGAUCUAGGUACUCUGGGGAGCUGCCUGCCUCGCUUCUCCACCAUGCCCUUCCUCUUCUGCGACACAGAGGACACCUGCCGCUACGCCUCCCGUAACGACUAUUCCUACUGGCUGAGCACCGAGGAGCCCAUGCCCAUGAACAUGGGUCCAAUCAGGGGGGACGUUCUGGCCAAAUACAUCAGCAGGUGUUCAGUGUGUGAGAGCUCAACCAACACCAUCGCCAUCCACAGCCAAACCACACAGACACCUCAGUGUCCCCAAGGCUGGCUUUCACUCUGGACGGGCUACUCCUUUGCUAUGCAAACUGGUGCAGGUGCUCAGGGCUCUGGGCAGCCCCUGAUCUCUCCUGGUUCCUGCUUAGAGCACUUCCGACAGGUUCCCUUCAUCGAGUGUCACGGCCGUGGAACAUGUAACUACUACCCAGACUCCUACAGUUACUGGCUGGCCUCCCUCGAUGCAGAACGGAUGUUCAGUAAGCCCGUGCCCGAAACCGUGAAAGGCCCUGCAGUGACGAGGGUCAUCAGUCGCUGUCGUGUCUGCAUGAAAGCAUGAAACCUGCACACUUAAAACCAGCCUGCAAGCUGCUGAGAUAUUUUUGGUGUGUUACAUUUUGACUUUAUAAGCAGGACAUUCUGCAUUUAAAGUUAACAUGAAUUCUGUAGAGAAGCGUGCCAUGUGUGCUUUGCUCAUUCCAGCACCUGAUUAAACUCUUCUGCCUGAUGUUUCCCGUCUCCACUUCUAAGUUUCUAUGUAACUGUGUCCCAACAAGAUUUAAACAAUGCAAAUAAAUAUUUUACAUUUACAUCUGUUUCCCACACCCAGGUAUGUUUUUACUGCACAAUUUAUUGUAUGGCUGGACUGAGUACAUUUAGUAAACACGAUCUAACAGCGUUAUACAUGCUACCGCUAAUAUAGUACUAGGGUAUCAAGAUAAAGUCGUAUGCAAAAGUUUGGGCGCCCCUGAUCAAAUGACGCUUGGUUGGUUUUCACACAUCCUUUAAUGCACAGUUACAGUUUAUUUCCUGAUUUUAGCUCAUGUAACCUGUGCAACAGUUCCAAUAUGUUAAACUCAGCAAUCCUUAGAAACUGUGCACUAAAAUAAGCAGAAAAAUGCCAUAUUUAAGUUUAUUCCCUGUAAAGGAUGUGUUAACUUAU